CUAGACUAUAUUUCCCAGCGUUCCCGCGGCGGCGCCUCCUCCCUUCACUCCCUCCGCCUUCCCUCCCACUCCACUGGGCCGCGAGGAAGUCGCAAGAUGGCUGAUGUCGCUUGGAAGUAAUGUUCCCCUCUGCAACAUGAAGCCGUGAGUGUGGAAGAAAGCGAGGGAGGCACCAUCGGGCUUUUAUUUUUAUUUUCUUUUAGUUACUUUUCUUUUAUUUCGUCAAACAUCCAUCUCAUUCCGCGUCGUGUCCGCCCCGGACUUGUCUUCGGGAGUUGACGCGUCAAAUCACGCCGGGGACCCUGCCAGCAGCUAACGGCUAGCCACACCGUUAGCAAAUAUCAGUACAGUUCGUCAGUCAGCCAGGCAGGCACACAGCUUGUUAGUUUGUUUUUUAAUCCAUACUCUGACACCGGCGAGCCAGCAAGCUUCGCUACACAUGUGCUGAAAUUUAGCCUGAGGUAGUGCAGAAUAAAUGUCCAAAUACUGAAUCUGUAACGAUUUUACAAGCUACUCGGUUUAACAUCAUGUCCGCGAACUGGCCAUCCAGCCUGUUGGUUGCUAACUAAUGCGCAGUAUUGACUCUGUUUCAUGUGCACAAACCAGCAGGAUCAUUAUUUUAUAGUCAUUUCUCAAUAACAUCCACGAGCCAGCUGCAUUUCUGUUACUUGCUGCCAACUACAUUUUGGAAGCUGGGUAUGUUAAAGCCAAAUUAUGGGAGUAGUAAAUAUGUUGAACUUUUUCUGGUUGUAGGUAGCUGCACUGGCCUUGCUGGCAUCUCACCAAAAAUCCACAGGGAUGGACACUAAACUGAGCAAUCGCAACCAAAACUGAAAAAAAUUGGCAUUUCGAUAUUUAGGUAAUUAAGUAGCUUUGACUGACAGGGUUGUGCAGCAGUGCAUAGUGACUCAUUUCACCAGUCUGGGUGUCGGAUAAGUUGUUUUGCAGGGUUAACGAAACUACAGUUAGUCACUACAUCGGAGACCAGUUAGCUUGCCUGAAGUGCACAGCUAGCUACAGUCUCGCCCCACAUCACAUUACAAACACGGCGUACAGAACGUAUUCAGAGCCCGCUCCCGGCCAGACACACAGGCUCAACAACACCGUCAUGGGAGUGCAGGGUUUUCAAGAGUAUUUAGAGAAGCGGUGUCCCGGGGCCGCAGUCCCGGUGGACCUCCUGAAGCUUGCCCGUACCGCGGCCCGCCAGCCCCCUCACCACCAUCAUCCACACCACCACCCACAUCACCCCGGGCCCAUGCCUCCCCCGCCCCCGCCUGCCAGGAUCCUAAUCGACGCUGACUCCGGCCUACAGCGCCUCUACGGCGGUUAUCAGACGGACUGGGUGUGCGGGGGCGAGUGGAACGCCAUGCUGGGCUACCUCGCUGCCCUGUCACAGGCCUGCCUGUACCAGGGUGGCCUGGAGCUGGUCGUGGUUUUCAACGGCACAUUGGGGAAGGAGCGCUGGCCCGAGUGGGCGCGGCGAGCUCAGGGCCAGCGACAGACGGCGCAGCUGAUAGUCAACCACGUCGGCAGCAAGGCCACCCCGCCUCCCCGGGCAUGGUUCCUGCCCCCGGCUUGCCUCAGCCACUGUGUCCGCCUCGCCAUGUUCCGCUUCCGAGUGCGGGUUGUACAGACUUUGGAGGACCACCACCAGGAAGUGCUGUCUCUCUACAGGGACUAUGGAUUUGCUGGUCUGAUUGCUCAGGAUUCUGAGUUUGCCCUCUGCAACGUACCCGCCUAUUUCUCAUCGCACGCACUCAAACUGAGCUGGAACGGCAAGAACCUGACCACACACCAGUAUCUGCUGUCUGAGGCUGCCAGGCAGCUCGGGCUUAAGACACAGCACCUGCCCUGCUUUGCUGCUCUGCUGGGAAAUCAUAUUCUGCCUGAUGAGGACCUGGCUGCCUUCCACUGGAGUCUGCUGGGACCAGAACACCCACUAGCUUCUCUCAAGGUGCGAGCUCAUCAGUUGGUGCUGCCGCCCUGUGAGGUGGUGAUUAAGGCCGUCUCAGAGUACGUCUCCUCCAUCAAAGACCUGGGAAACCUCGACGCCAUCGCCAGAGAUGUCUUCAAACAGUCACAGUCUCGUAUGGAGGACAAGGUGGAGCGAUUCAAGAAAGCUGUGGAGUAUUUCUCAGCUGCCUCCAAACCACGCUCGCCCAACAUGGGGCCCUCCUCUUUCAUCUUACCUGGGUUUGGACCCACUCCAUUUGGGGGACCACCUGGCCACAUGGGACCGAUGCAGCCUGGAAAGAAUCAGUUCCCUCCUCCCCAGGUCCCAGGGUUAAAGCCACCCUAUCAAAAUGCUCCAUACGGACCUGGCUCCACCCCUCUGUUCCAGAACCCACCACCACCGUCCCAAGACUGCAACGAUUCACUGACGGGCAAGAUGGGCUUCACUGACUGGUCAGCUCCAUAUGAUUCCACUCAGGGGGGAAAUCGAUUACCCAAUCAUCACACCGGCAGUCAGUCUGGUCCCUCUCCGUCACCUUCCUCGUCAUCAGAUGGAGACGAACCCAAUGACAGCAAUGCAAACCAUUUGACGGACAAGUCCUCUCGGUGGGAGGAUCCUGCUGGAAGGGGGGGCUCGGCCUCUGGAGACGGUUCCCAAGGCAACGGGAGUGGGUCAAACAUUCCGUCACUGCUGUCUAUGGCGACGCGGAGUCACAUGGACAUAACCACACCCCCUCUGCCUCAGGUCAGUGCUGAGGUUCUUCGUGUAGCCGAACACAGACACAGAAGAGGACUAAUGUACCCCCAGAUUUACCACAUAUUGACCAAGGGCGAGAUGAAGAUGCCAGUGUGUAUAGAGGAUGAGUGUAACUCUGAGCUUCCUCCUGCCUCUCUGCUGUUCCGUGCUGCCAGACAGUAUGCCUACGGUGUCCUCUUCAGUCUGGCAGAGACACACCGCCGCCUGGAGAGGCUUGCCCUCCGAAAGAGGGCUCCCCUGGAAGUUCCUCCAGUGAUUGUCAAAGAGUGGAGCAGCGGUAAGGCCAAGUCAGCCCUUACUCCAGAGCUGGUUCCAGCCUUGUGUUUCCGGGAGUGGACCUGCCCCAACCUGAGGCGGCUGUGGUUGGGUCGUGCCAGCGAGGACCGCUCCAGGAGAACCAGGGCCUUUCUGGCCUGCCUUCGCUCUGACUGCCCAGCUCUCCUCAACCCAGCACAGGUUCCACAGCAUCUGCUGCUCAUGUGUUGCGUGCUCAGGUAUAUGAUGCAGUGGCCUGGAGGAAGGAUCCUCCAGAGACAUGAGCUAGAUGCCUUCCUGGCCCAGGCUGUUUCCAGCCAGCUCUACGAACCCGACCAGCUACAGGAACUCAAGGUGGAGAAGGUGGAUGCCCGUGGUGUGCAGCUGGCUGCUCUCUUUAUGGCCGGCGUUGACACAGCGCUGUUCAUCAAUGAUGUGUGCGGCCAGCCGUUGCCGUGGGAACACUGUUGUCCCUGGGGCUUCUUCGACGGCAAACUGUUCCAGAGCAAACUGGCCCGGGCCGCCCGCGACCGGGCCGCCCUGCUGGACAUGUGUGAGGGGCAGGAGGAGCUGGUGUCUAAGGUCGAGAAGAUGCGUCAGGCGAUCCUCGAGGGCAUCAACCUGUCCCGCCCUCCUCCUCCUCCCCCUCCUCUUCCACCUCCUGCCUUCCUGCCCCCUGCCAUGGUGCCCCCUUUCUACCCCAUGCCUCCUCUCUACCCACCUCGCCCCAUGGGCGGCAUGCCCCCUCAUCAUCACCCACAUCAUCCACAUCACCCCGCCCAGCACAGACCCAGAGCCUUCCCAGGCAUUCAGUCCAUCCCCCCUCAGGGAGGGAAACUGGAGAUAGCUGGCAUGGUGGUUGGCCAGUGGGCUGGGAACAAACCAGUCCGCGGAAGAGGGGGGUUCAACAUGCAGGUGGUGUCAGUGGGAGCAGGGAAAGGGAGGGGUAAAGAGAUUCCAGCAAAAGUAAGGGGAGGGAAAAAGGCAGCUGCCAACAGAACACAGACGUCAUCAUCCCCCCCAGCCAGCAGUCCCCCAAAGCCCUCAGAAGAGGCGGGCUCCACGCCAGAGGUUGCGACUCAGCAGCUGAACGGCAGCUCAGCAACCUCCGCCAUCGGCCAGUCCUUGGAGCUGGCCCCCCUGGCCCAGCCAAUCCCGUGUGCCUUAGCCAGCAGAGACAACCAAUCAGAGGGGGUGGAAGUGGAGGCCCCCUGUUGCCUUGACGACUGCCCGUCAGACGGAGCGCUACAGAAGGAAGAGUGAUGGCAUCCUUCCCGGGAUGCACUGCUCUGAGAGAGUUAUCUGUGUUCGACUGCCUUUCCCUGUUUUUGUAGCCCCGCCUGCUAGCUGUGCACCUUAUCACAUGGAGCAGGAGGUGAGGCGAGGCUCCUCCUCCUCCUCCCCGCUGCUCCAUGUGAUAGGCUAAAGCAGUUAGCUGUUACUCCCUUUUUAGUUUUCUCAUGUGGUUUUACAUUAUUUUAUGAAGAGAGGUCUUCUCCAUGAGUCUGUAAGCGCCCCACCCCUCAAAAAUCCUAAAUGCCUCCCUCCCGCACUCAGAGUAAAAAUAAGCUUGAAGCCCCACCCCCAUUACAACCCACCAUUUUGAACGAGCCCCCUCUUUAAGUAUGGGUAUCUGUACAGUUUAAGAUUCUUAUUUUUUUUGUUUUUAAUGGUCCCGUUGUUUGAAUCUCUGCACACAGAUGUUAAGCUUGCGGUUACGGUGACAGAUUGGAUGUGGUUUCCGUGGUUACAGCAUCUAGGCCUGGUCGCCAUGGUCGGUAGUUGUGUGUUAAUGUGGUUUGUUGCCAUAGCCAUCUCGUGUGAGUUUGUCUUACAUGAGUUGAGAGAGACGUUCAGAGUGAUGUACCAUUCUUCUGUGCAGUGACCCUCGUCCCCCUCACUCUGCAGGCUAGCCGCACUGCUAAACACACAGUGUUGGCACACUUGCUAGCAUCAAACCCCUUUAUAGAUCAAUUGGUUAUCUAUCACUGGAGCACUUCUGCACCGCCAUGGUAUUAGUGUGCUAUUUUACUUUGACCUAUGUAGCAUAGCCUAGUGCUUAGCUGUUGUGCUAAGAGACCCCCAUGAAUUUAUGCACCUUAAGCCCUAAAGUAUGCAAGAUUUCCCCCCCGCUCCUCCAAAAACAAAAAAAGUGCAUUAUUAUAUUAUAUUCCCACCCACCCCCCCUUUGUCCCUUUGUCCCAAAGCUUUGAUUGUAUUAUCCCAACAGAAGCACUUAAUGUUGUAUUUAAAUAUAAUGAAAUUGAACAAGCCCCUGUACAGUUGAAUUGACAGUCUGUGAGGGGUGUCCCCUGCGCCUAAGUAAAUCAUAAUGACAUGUAGAACUACAUUUAAAGGUAAAGAUCUAUUUGAGAGACGUCAGAAUGUGAACAGAGUGGUUUCAGACAAAGAAGCACUUUGUUUUAAAAAAUGUUAAACCACACUGGACAGUCCUCUACCAGGUGAUAAAGAAAUGAGAAACUCUGAGGCACCUUCUGGAGUUAAGGCCAAAAAGAAAAGAAUAAUGCUAACCCAGCGAAAGAUGGAGAUGGAUGGUGAGGGUUUGGGUGACUGCUGCCAGGCAGAGUGCCCUUCAGACAGGCCUCACACAUUCAAUCAAGAACUUUGCAAUGAAGCUGAAAGGACUCCUGAUUGUCCAUGUCAAGGAUUCCCGGGAAUCAUUUCAGAUUUCUAAAAAGUUAUUUCCAAAGUGUAUUUUAAUAAGGCUAGCCGACUGAGGCGGCCACUGAUAUAAAAGGGGUGUGGCAGCAAAGCCUCAAAGAUCCCUCCACCCUCAGGUGGUGGUUGAGCAAAUGUUGUCAUGACAAUAGCCCAACACCAAGAGCUGUUGCCCCGCAGAGCUCUGGUGUGUCACUUUAGACCAGCAGGAAGCACUUCCCUGCCCUGAAGCACCUCAGUCACAGCAGAGGCUUUAUGGGUUGGAUCACAUGUCACACGACAGGGGAGAGGGAGGCCUCAUGGCGGACCUGAGUGUGCCGCUCACAAUCUGAGACUUAUAAGAUACUGAAUUGUUUUAUUAGAGCACUUAUGUUUGUAGAGAAUGAGAUGUGUCCCCCACAGUAGGUUUCAUCUGACAAUGGAAAUACAAAUAUGUACUUCUUACCGAUUACUGGUAGCACAACUGCAAAUGUAAAAGCAGAAGACCGACAAAUAUUGCCUGAGAGAUGCUGGCCAUGAACAUUGUAAUCUCUAUAAACGUACGUAAGAGGUUGAAAUGAGCUCAUUUUAAAAAAAGGCAAGUCAACAAGAAGCACCUUAUUUUCUUACUAUGUUGAUGACUUGUGCUCUAUUGUGUGCCACAAAAUUGACAUGGAUAAAGCUCUUAUGAAAUGCCGUUUUGAAGGACAAAACCCUGACUAUAUAUGUAAGUGUUAAUGUAGUCGCGUCAGACAUCCCCUCUGUUAUGAACUCAACACAUUACAGUGAAACGCUGACAGUUGACCCAGCCAUGAGUGUAGGCGUACGCUCAUCAUCACAGGGCUGGGCCGCGCCGCCGUCUCUUACACCAACACCAAAUGAAAUCAGAGGUUUGGACAUGUUAGCCGUUAUUGGUAGGGAUUAAGCAUACGAGUGCUUUAGGUGUUUAUAGGUUAAGAGUAGGUAACAGCGUCGGGCUUAACACAUGACCGUAAUACACAGACACCAAGACUAGGCUAGAGAAUAUAGCUCCACUGGCCGAAAUACUAAGUCUAGAAUUACUAGGAGUCAUAUACUUAACUGCUUUCAACUUUUGACAUUAGUACAAAUAUGUGUAUCGCAACAGUACAUUGUUAGAAGAUGGCUUUUCUGCGGCGAGCCAGAGUGUGAUCCGGUUUACGAUGCCCUCUCUCGAUUCGCUCGCCAGAUAACCAUUACACACACACGCACAUACACACACGCACAUACACACACACACAGACACACACACACACACACAUACACACACACAUACAGACAUACAGACAUACAUAAAACAAGAGCACAUAGACGCAGACACGCGCACACGACAGACAGGUAUUCAGUUGCAUUUGUUACCAGCAGCAUUCUCUCUGCUUUUGUGCUGAAGUGAUUUUGUGCAGUUUCAGUUCCCAGUGGAGUGGUCGUCAGUUCAUCAAGAGAUCAUUUGGUAACACAUUCUACUGACUCGAAAACCCCACAUUCACAAGUUUGCAUGGACGGGUUAAAAAAAAAAACAAAAAAACAACAUGUUACCGGUGUCGUCGGGUAGGCACAGAAACAACCAUCUAUACACACAACACAUUAAUACACACACACACACACAUACACACAGAUACAUAGAUGUUAAACCCUGAGUUACACAGUAGCUAGUAUGGAAAAAAAAAAGUCAACACAAUACAUGAUGUAGUGUCCCUCUUUUGUCCUUGUCUGUUUUAGUUUGAUAGAUAUUUGAUCAGUGAUUUUUAUGCUUGUUAUCCUAACCCCCCACCCCCCCAACCCACUCCCUUCAUCUUCCUGCUAUGACACUUUCUCUCGCCUGCCCUCCUCCCUACCCCCCUCCCCCCAAACUGUUCAUUCACUUCUUUUCUCUGCCCUCGUAUCUUCCUCAUAGAUGACAUGCUCACACGUGCACACACAUACACACACAUCAUACCCAUUGAUUGGCAUUAAAAGCAGCCACACACAAAUACAGAUAUUUUACACACAGGUUACCCCCCCACCCCCCCCACCCGACUCUGUAUUUCAGUUCUCUCUUUCACUCUUACCACCUCCCUCUCUGCCUCUCCUUUAGCCCUUAGGACCGUUACUAUUGGCCGUUUUUCUCUUUUUCUCUUUGGGCUGCCCCGCCCCUUAAUCAACCCAACUAACAGUAAAGGUUAUAUUAACGUUGAUAAUCAGUUUCUGUAUGUAUCUAGCCAGAGUCUGGAAAAAAAAAUCAGAAAAAAAAAAUCAAAACUGUUUUAUUCAAUUGUGCAAAUGUGUUUUUCUUACUAUUUUUAAUGUUAUUACAUCUUCUAAUCUAAUCCUUCUACCAUUGCUUCAGUUAGUACUGAAAUACGCUUAGCCAACCUAGAGAUUUGAACUGUAAUGAUUGCGAUUUUCCUUACCUGUAUUUUAUAUGGCAUCUUUAGACCACUUCACCAUUUAUGAUGUACGUAAGUAAAUAUUGCCCGUUUUGGUUUUUUUUUUUUUUCGAAUUGAAAAUCGUUGUCUGCACUAUGUUUGAUUCUCAUAAUAUCCCUGAUAACGAUUUCGUGGUCGACUCAUUAUCAAUCGAAGCUGAACUCUGCGCCCUUGCACAAAGCAGCGAAACAUCUCUUGUAAACACCUGAGAACCAAAGUGCACCUAGCAUCCCCCUCUAUCCCCCUUGAAAUUCCCUAUAGUCCCGCCCCCCCCCCCCGCCCUGACAUUGACAGUUUGCCCCGCCCCUCGCCCAGAGUAACAAGUUUUCUGAUGAGUAUGAUUAUAUAUAUAAUGACAUUACAGCACGUGUGAUUUUAUCUGACAAGUCUGUGACGUAACAGUGUCUUUACACUGUGGUUGUUGUGGAGACGCAGACAGACAGGGAAGAAGGAACGGAGUGUGUUCGCGGACAGUGAGUGAGUGAAUGAGCAGGCAGGUUUGGACAGUGAGUUUGUCUUUUGCAGGCAUUGUGGGUAGAUUCACCGCUCAUGUUGCUCGCUUUCGCUCAGUUGUGAGCUCUUCAUUGACUGAAUUUAGGCUGUGUGAACCACUGCACACGCUCGCAUCAGAUCUACACUAAUACACAGGAAAGAACGACACCUGACAAAUAUGCUUUCACUCUUGCUGGGGUUUUGGCGCCCUCUUUUGCAUUUUUCUUACAUGUAAAUUGUUGCGCUCUCUCAAACUUGCCUUUAACUCCCCAGACUCAGAUUGACAGAGCACACAGAGCUGUACUGAGUCUUCAUACUGUAAGUGGGCAUGGAGGCUGUCGAAAGUGGCUGAGUUUUCCUCAAAACACAAAUCUGAGACUGGUUGUCCUUCCAGUAGAUGAAAUGUGAGCCAGAAAUAAAAAUCAGGAGAAAAGACUUUUGGGCUGAAACAAGUAGUUGAUUGAUGGGAAAUUAAUUGGCAACUAUUUGAGUCAUUUUUUAAGUAAAAAUACAAAGCAUGCUCUGUCAGUUGUGAAGAUUUCUUUUAGAGCUGCAAUGAUUAGUUAAUAAAUCGAUUAUUCGAGUGCCUGAAAAUUAAUUGGCAACAAUUUUGAUUUUAAAACUGGUUCCAGCUUCUCAAAUGUGAGAAUUUGGGGCUUACCUUUGCCUUACAUGAUGGUAACCUGAAUAUGUUUCUGUGUAGGACUGAUGGUUGAGUAAAAACAAGCAUUUUUGCAUUUCAAUUUCUUUCUUACGUGAAAGUAAAAUCCUUAGGUUUUUACCUGCUGCUUGAACAAAACCACGAAUUUAAAAAUGUCACUUUUGGGUUUUGUUUAUUGUGAUGUACAUUUUUCACUUUUUUUGUCACUUUAUAGACUGAACAAUUGAUUAAUAGAGAAAAUAAUGUAUAGGUUAAUCUGUAAUGAACAAAAACAUAAGUUGCAGCCCUAAAAGACUUGCUACUGCGAUCAACCUCAGAGCUUUCUUUAUCAUCCACAUAAAUUAAAUUCUUUGGUGAUUUUCUUGUCGAAGACAAGUGGAAGGCAUAACAACAAACCAUCUCAGCUGAAAUGACAUGAGGAAAAUUCAAUCCUCUCAAAUGAAAUGAUGAGAGUUGUGUCAGUUGGAUGAAAGCACCUUGCCUCUGUGCCUACAAAAAUGGGAGCAUUUCUGAAGAGUUUGACAAUGUUAAGAGAACCAAAAGUCCCAGAAUAGAGAUGUACUAUGUAGUAUUGUAGAAGUUGAACAGUAUUAAUGUCUGUCAUACAGAAUGUGGAAAGGAAUCAUCUGUUGUUUUGUACCUGUUCUGAUCUAAUUGCAGGAUUCUCACAGCAUUUUGUCCAGUUUGAAUUAAGGUCCCUAUUCUGUCUGUCUCUCUCUCUACACUGCCACUCCCCCCCUCAACAGCCCCCCAAGCUCCAGUAUAAGCCCCCCUUCUCUCUCUCUCUCUCUCUCUCUCUCUAUGGCUGAGUCCCAGUAAGGGGCUCCAUUUGAUCAUUGUGGGCCAUUUCUUGUCACGUUGGUCAAUCACGCCCUCAGCAACAUGUGUACCAGUGCAUGUACUUGAGUUCCCAGGGCCACCCAAAACUACCUGUGCAGCAAAAAGGGUUAAAUUUAUCCAUAAUAUUAUUGUUAUAGAAAUAUUAUCAUCAUCAUUAUUGCUGUUAUAAUUAUGGUUGGUAUAAUUUGUCAUCAUUGUUAGCAUUAUGGAAGCACCAGACUGUUUGUGUAAAGACGAGAAAAAGAAAGCUUUUUUUUUUUUUUUUAUUUGUCUGGCUGUUGGUGGUCUGAUCUCACAGAGGGAGGGGAGGAAUGGUUCAGAAAGAGACAAAGAUGGCAGUCAUGUUUGUACUGGUUGGGAAAUGACUUACAGUGCUGAAAUAAAAUUUAUUCUUUUAGUAAAAAAAGUA